AUGCUUCUCCUCCUCGCCCUAGGCUUCGGCCUGGUCGCCCUCUAUCUCCACCACGUCAAUCGCGGCUUGACUGAAGCUCCUGAAGAAGCUCGUCGUCUUUCCCCGCAUCGCUGGACCGAAGACGAGAUCAAAGCUGCGUAUCAGAAAAAUAUCGAGAAUCCGAUUAAUAUUACCAAAAGUCUUCCCCCCAAGCAGCAGCGACGCUAUAUCGUUGUUGGUGGAACAGGCCUCGUGGGAAACUGGAUCGUGUCGCAUCUUCUGGCCCGUGGUGAAGACCCAUCUGCAAUCCGCAUCUUGGAUCUGCAAUCUCCUCGCCAGCAAAUCCUCGACCAAGGCGUCGCGUAUCUCAAAACCAACAUCGUCGACGAGACUUCCGUCUCCAAUGCAUUUUCCCAGCCAUGGCCUCACCUCGUGGCCCAUUUCCCCUUAACCGUCUUUCACAAUGCAGCCGUCAUCCGGCCUGCUGAGCGACACAAGGACUUUCUUCCCCUCUGCGCCGCAGUCAAUGUCACCGGCACUGAAAACGUGCUCAACACUGCCAAAAAGUCCGGUACGACUUGCUUCAUCUCGACUUCAUCUGGCUCUAUUGGACUCCGUGCUCCGUCGUUCUGGAUCGCCCCCUGGACCAAGACUCCUCAAUACAUGGUUCAAGUUGUUGGCGAUUCCACGGAUCUCCCCAAGGAACACGACCAGUUUUUUGGUAACUAUGCCGUUUCCAAGGCCGAGGCGGAGAAAAUCGUCCGUGAGGCCGAUGAUGCACAGUCGAAUUUCCGUACUGGAUGUAUUCGUCCUGCCAAUGGCAUUUACGGUAUCGGCGGUGAUGCCAGUGCAAGUAUCGUUCGUAUCUAUCUGAAAUCCGGCGGCAAUCCUACUUGGACCUCCAAAAUCUUACAAAGCUUCGUCAACGCCGAAAACGUCUCCAUCGCCCAUCUCCUCUACGAACAGCGCCUCCUCGACCUCACCAACCCCAUCGCACCCUCCCACCCAGACAUCGGCGGCCAAUCCUUCACAGUAACAGAUCCCAACCCCGCCCCCUCCUUCGGCGACAUCUACUUCCUCCUCAAAACCCUCUCCAAAUCACCCGUGCACUUCCCCGUCGUGCCCGCUAUCGCCAUGUACCUCUUUUCCUACCUGGUCGAGUGGUACGCGUUGCUGCAGCAUUGGUAUUUCUCGGCUCUCCUCCCGCGCGUGUCGGGCGAUUUGGCCCAGUUGCAGCCGGGCUUGUUUGCCAUCUCCGAUGUGCAUGUUUUUGCGGACGAUUCGAGGGCUAGGAAGGGGCCUGAACUUGGUGGGUUGGGGUAUAACCCGCCUAUUGGGACUUUGGAUGGGAUGUGUAGGGAGGUUGAGAUGUGGAAUCGGGAGUUGAAUUAG